AUGGUGACUCCGGCGAAAUCAACUUGGACAGGGAAUCAAUCCUUGUCUGAAUGGGAUCAGAUCGGAUGCACCACUUAUGCAAGUGCUAUCUACUUCUACGGCCCAACCACAACCCAAUUCCAAGCCAUUACUCAAACCCUAAUCGAUUCCUUGAGCCACGCUCUAGUGCACUUCUAUCCACUCGCUGGGCGUUUGCGCAGCUUCGACGAUGGUCGCUUUGAGCUCAAAUGCAACGCACACGGCGCUCUUUUCGUUGCUGCCAAGUUGAACGCUGAUCUCGCUCAUUUCAGAGAAGAUCACUUCACACCCACUCCCGACUUUAAUCGUUUUCUUCUUCCCCACAUAAACGAGUCUCAUCCACUCCAUGAGCUCCCUCUUUGUCUGGUGCAACUCACCAAAUUCAGGUGCCGUGGCUUAAGCCUAGGCCUCACCACCUCACAUAUCAUUACUGACGGAACAAGCGCCGCCAACUUCAUGACUGAGUGGGCUCGAUUCGCACGAGGCCUGCCGUUGGGAAAGGCGCCGCUUUUGGACAAAAAGGCCUUUAGAGUUGGAGAGAUGGGGAGAACGCCACGCUUCACUCCAAGGACUUCAGUAAUAUGUCGUUUUUGUUGA